AUGUACCAAGGGGGGAAAUAUGGUGAUGAUACGAUAUCAGCUUUAUUAACGAGAACACUGUGGUUGAUAGACGACGAGCAACUGCUCGCAAAGAGAUCAGAAAGCGAUUCUGAUAGUUUCGCAGACACAUCAUUAGUUGGAUCUCGCAAACGAAGACGUCGUAUCUUGCUUUCAUCGGAUGAAGAAGAAGUCUCUUCUCGUCAACCCUCUUCACCUUCCCUUUCCCCUUCUCCAUCACCGCUGGGAGACGAUCUCUUAUCAGAUGAAUUAAGCAGUGCCGAACACCAAGACGAUUAUGAAUCGUUUGAAGAAUUAAGUCCUCGUGAAGAGCGGCAGCAAAGACUGGGGGAGAUGGCGGCGGAGGUGCCCUACUACGAUCCAGAAUUAUACUGUCUUCGUCGAUCCUCACGACGAUCCAAAUAUACCGCUUCACAUGAAAUGAACACCGCGACAACUGCGUUUGAGACGACCAGUGAAGAAGAAGAAGAAGAAGAAGAAGAAGACGAUGUAGAUGAAAAUAGCAGUGACGAUGAUUACGGCGCACAAUUCAGUAAAACACGACGAAAAAAUACCACCCGACUUAACGGCAAAUCCAAUACACGUCGUGGGCGAAUGAACUUGGAAGAGGAAGAAGACUUCUCUGAACAGUCCAUAGCCGACCAAGACAGCGAAUCCGACGACUGGUCAGCACCGGCUCGCAAAAAAUCGUUUCGAAAAAAGAAAAAGACACAACGGAGAGCUCGAGCCAACGAAUUGUCCCCUUCCGAUUCGUUGCGUUAUUCGACGCGUCAUAAAACAGUGACCAAUUAUAACGAAGACAAUGCCAGUUUAUGGGGUUUAUCGGACGAUGACGAGGUCUUGGCACCACAAACUCACACCCCACAACCAGAAGACGAAGGCGAUGUCAUUGAAAGUGUCCAUGAUCACCGUCGACGAGAGGCAUAUGCAGACGACAAGGAGGAUGUGCCGGAAAAGAAUAUGGAAUAUUUGGUCAAAUGGAAGUCAUGGUCGCAUCUUCACGAUACGUGGGAUACCUAUGAGGAUUUAAGGGCCUUCAAAGGGUUCCGUAAACUUGAAAAUUACAUUCGUACUCACAUUUACGAUGAGCUGGCGUUCCGUUACCAUCCAGAGACGACACAGGAAGAAAUCGAACAACAGGAUAUCAAUACGGAACGACGUCGUGACGAAUUGCAGGAUUGGCGAACCGUGGAACGUGUUAUUGCCAUGCGAGGAAAUGCGCCAGAAUGCGAGUAUUUUGUGAAAUGGAAACGACUGCACUACGAUGAAUGUACAUGGGAAUCGGCGGAUCAAAUUAGUGAUCAAUAUCAAGCGGAAAUCGACGAGUUUCUCGAUCGUGAACAAAAUCAAUACAUUCCGCACCGCUCGACGUCGUAUUACAAAUCGCGACCGACGUUUUCAAUUUUAAGAGAACAACCCUCAUUUAUCCGUGGAGGCGAACUUCGUGAUUACCAAUUGCACGGCAUCAGCUGGAUGUACUGGUUAUGGUGUACGAACAAGAACGGAAUUUUAGCCGACGAAAUGGGGUUGGGCAAGACCGUACAAACCAUCAGUUUCCUAAACACGCUUUACAACAAACAAUCGCUGUAUGGUCCGUUUUUGGUGGUGGUCCCGCUAUCGACGUCGGAAAACUGGAUCAACGAGUUCAAGCAGUGGGCGCCCGAAAUGAAUGUGCUUCUUUACAUUGGCAAUCGACAAUCUCGCAAAGUCAUUCGUGAAAAAGAAUUUUAUUUGGCGGGCACCAAAAAACUCAAAUUUAACGUAUUGGUCACCACGUAUGAAAUUGUGCUAAAAGAUCGCGACGAACUCGGGGGUAUCAAAUGGCAGUAUUUAGCGGUGGAUGAAGCGCAUCGGUUAAAAAACUCGGAAUCUCAAUUAUACGAAGCCCUUCAAAGCUUUCACACCGUGAAUCGACUUUUGAUCACCGGCACGCCUCUUCAAAAUAGCGUCAAAGAGUUGCUGGCGCUCAUUCGCUUCCUUAUGCCGGACAUGGAUCUAAGCGAACUCAACAUUGACCUGGAGAAGCAAGAAGAAGAUCAAGAGGAAAAGAUCAAAACGCUACACGAACGAAUCAAGACACUGAUGUUACGGCGCCUAAAGAAGGAUGUGGAGAAAUCGCUCCCGACUAAAACAGAACGCAUCUUGCGCGUGGAAAUGAGCGACUUGCAGAAAACGUUCUACAAAAAUAUUCUGACCAAGAACUUUGCCGUCCUCAGUAAAGGCUCGGAAAAGAACAAGAAGCAGUGGUUGAAUAUCGCCAUUGAACUGAAAAAAGCCAGUAACCAUCCUUUCCUUUUCCCCGAUGCCGAGCAGGUCUCGUCAAGUCGCAUCGAGCAGCUCAAGGGUCUCGUUGAAAACAGCGGAAAGAUGAUUUUGCUCGAUAAACUCUUAACACGACUCAAAUCGGACGGCCAUCGUGUGCUGAUCUUUUCCCAACUUGUCAUGAUGCUGGAUAUUUUGUCGGAUUACAUGGCGCUGCGAGGUCAUCCUUUCCAGCGACUGGAUGGUAGCAUGAAACCGGAAGAGAGAAACAAGGCCAUCGAGCAUUACAAUGCGCCCGAUAGUCCCGAUUUUGUGUUUUUAUUAUCCACACGUGCGGGUGGCAUGGGAAUCAACCUUGUGACAGCGGAUACCGUCAUUAUUUUUGAUUCCGAUUGGAAUCCUCAAAACGACCUGCAAGCCAUGUCGCGCGCCCAUCGUAUUGGGCAAACGAAAUCUGUCAAUGUGUAUCGGUUUGUGACCAAAGGCACGAUGGAAGAGGAUAUCAUUGAACGAGCCAAGCGCAAGAUGGUCUUGGAAUACUGCAUUAUCAAGCAAAUGGAUACGUCGGGAUUGUCCUUGUUACCGGAUAAUGCGUUGACCACGGCUUCUGGAAAAAUUCGCGAUUUGCCUUUUAACAAGGAAGAAAUGUCGGCGAUUCUCAAAUUUGGCGCUCAAAAUAUGUUUCAGCAAACCGAAAAUACGCAAAAGUUGAACGAUUUGGAUCUCGAUGACAUUUUGGCGCGAGCUGAACACACAGAAACAUUGAAUGGAGAUGACAGUGCGCUCGGCAGCGAAGAUUUCUUGUCCCAAUUCAAAAUUUCAGAUUACGGAGGCAGUGCCAACGAUCUCAGCUGGGACGAAAUCAUCCCUGAUGGCGAACGAAAAGCAGCGGAAGAUCAGCGGUUGUUGGAAGAAGAAAUGGCCCUGUUUGAACGAGCGGCCAAAAAGGGCCGACGUACUUACCGUGAGAAUGCGGGCGAUGAGGAAGAAGAAGAUCAAGCCAUGGAAGAGGGCGAUCAUGGCAGAGGCAAGAAACGCCGACGAAAAGCAGGUAGCAGUGGCGGAGCGUCGAGAAAGAAGGGCGCGCAAGGUAAAGCGGAUGAAAUGACCGAGAAAGACCUCCGCGCGGUGAUUCGAAGUGUGCUCAAAUAUGGCGACGUGGAAGCGCGAUACGAGGAAGCGGUGCGCGACACGGAUCUUGAAGCCAAAGACAAGGCAUUCGUAGUAGCGACAUGCAGCGAGCUUGUAAAAUCAUGCAAAGACAAAGUACGCGAACAUCUCCAAACGCAAGCGUUGGCGAGUGACGCCAUUGAUGAAGAGAGUAUGUUGCGUGAACUUCGACACACGAAACAGAAGGCCAUUUUAUUUACGUGGAGAGAAAUUCAAAGCGUGAAUGCGGGUCAAGUAUUGCAACGGCAUCACGACAUGAAAAUUCUGGCUCGAAGGUUGACGAGCAUGGCGGAUAUGCUAAAAUUCCGAUUAUCGCUGGGCGCAAAACGUGUUCAGGGAUGGUCGUGUACGUGGGGACAAAAGGAAGACGCGAUGCUGUUGGUCGGUAUUCACCGAUACGGUUUUGGCAGCUGGAUCCAGAUUCAAGCGGACGCAUCGUUGGGAUUGACGGAUAAAUUUUUCCUGGGUUAUGCUGCGGAAGACGACGAAGAAGCGAAUCGACGGGCCAAAGAAAGAGAUGACAAGAAGACACCCAAAGCAAUUCACCUUGUCCGACGUGGAGAACAGUUGCUCAAGAUUCUCGCCGAAGAUGACAAGUCACGACGACAGCAGAGCGAAUUACCUUUUGAGAAAAAGGGACCCCGAUCAAUGAGUCGAUCGGUGACGGCGGUGAAGAGCGAAGAAAGUCAUGGACGCGAACGUAAGGGAUCGGCAGAAAGGACGACGGCGGGAAGAUCAUCGCCGGCGACAUCAAGGAAACUUGAAAAGGAGAACAAGGAGCCGGAUGUAUCGGAUUACGAAAGUUACGACGAAGAUGAGGCGCGGCGUUCGCUUCGGCCGGUAAAGCAUUACUUGGUGCGAUUACGAGAUGAUGCCAGUCAAUUGGAAGGCGCGGAAAAAGCUGGACUUAUCAAGGAGUGCAUGGCAAAGAUUGGCAAAUUCAUCGACCGACAAGUGGACGAAGUGAGCAGUAGCAAACGACGAAAAAAGCAUCAACGUAACUUGUGGUUAUACACGAAGAAAUAUUGGCCCAAUGCCAACAUUUCGCAUAAAGAUCUCAUGACGGUGUAUGAACGUAUCAUGCAAGCACAAGCCAAAGCACGAUCCGGCAGUGAUGCAUCGUCCGAGAUGAAACCAACCAAAAAUCACGGUGACCGCAGCCAACGCGACGAAAAGAGAACCUCAACGUCAGAGGCGAGCCGAGUUAAUGGUGACAGCACCACAUCCCAACGGGCGCGUCGAUCUUCACCAGAACUACGAUCUUCCUCCACUCACACCAGUCGUCGUGACUCGCAUCAUCGCGACCAUCAUCGAGACCGUGACUCUCCACGGUCGUCUUCAACCAAUGCCACCUCCCAUCAUCGUCAUCAUUCCCAUCGUCAUCACGACCGUGAUCGGGAUCGAGAACGCGAACGAGACCGGGACCGAGACCGAGAUCGGGACCGCGAUCGAGAACGUGAUCGUGAUAGAGAAAGAGAACGCGAGCGGAAAGAGCGCCGACGUUCAUAG